AUGGCCCCAAAUACGAAUCCAAACGAAUUCGACCCUGAGGGCAAGAACCGGACCCAACGUGACACAUACGUUGAAGGGAAGUUGAAGAAGUAUAAAGAGGCAGAGGACGUGGUUCUAUGGGCUAUAUUCAAACAAGACUUUGAAAAAUGGAGCCUUAACCACCUCUGGCAGACGUCUUUUCUACUGCUCAGCAAGCUUAUCACUUUACUUAAGAGCAACGGCAUGUAUGUUGACGAUACGAAAGGUUAUCUUAUUACUGAAAAUGUAGCAACAGCUGCCGCCCAGCGAGAGCCCCAUGAGUGGACCAAAACUGAGGUUAUUGCACACCUCCGAAAGGGCUCUGGUGACUCAUUCAAAAGGAAGCUGAAGAUCUUCUAUGGCUAUUGCCGUCAGAACGGACUGCCCAACACCCCCAAAUCGUAUAGAGAAGCACUACCACACAUGCUCAGGGACGCAGCCCUUAGCUACUACUGGGACAACAUCAACCUAUGGAUCGUACAAGGAAAGGAUCCAGCGGAAGAGAUUAUCACUCGCUUCAAAGGACCAGAGCACCAGUAA